AGAAAUACGUUGUCUCAAGAAAACAGGAUGGCCCUAGAAAUACCAAAAGCCAUAAACUAAGAACAGUUCAACAUCACGUCAAGUCCGCACGCCGUACGUUUCUUUUUUAUUCUCCCUUCACUAUUUUCCCUCUUCGACCGAUUCCUUCUCUUGCCUUCGUCCAUCACUCCAUCAUAGACUAUAAAUACUGUUCAUAAACUAAUUUCAUUAUUCAAACAAAUUUAUAAAUCUACAAGGAAAAGGUCUCCUACUUCACUUUCCGCAUUGCUUUUGCUUUGGAAAAACUAAAUUCUGUAAGGUUAUGGCGAUUGCAAACAAGAAUGGAGUGGGUGUUUGCACGGUGAAGAGGCCUAAGACGAAGAUAGUAUGCACUUUAGGGCCUGCAUCUCGAUCAGUGCCCAUGGUGGAAAAGCUUCUCCGUGCCGGCAUGAACGUGGCUAGAUUCAACUUUUCUCAUGGUUCUCACGAGUAUCAUCAGGAGACCAUUGAUAAUCUCCGGCAGGCUAUGGAGAAUACCGGUAUUCUCUGUGCCGUUAUGCUUGAUACCAAGGGUCCUGAAAUUCGAACAGGCUUUUUAAGAGAUGGUAAGCCUGUUCAACUUAAACAGGGUCAGGAGAUCACAGUCUCAACUGAUUACAGCAUUAAAGGUGAUGAAAAUACAAUAUGUAUGAGCUACAAGAAGUUAGCAGAGGAUGUAAAGCCACAAAGUGUGAUCCUCUGCGCAGAUGGAACAAUCACCUUUACCGUUUUGUCUUGUGACCGAGAGAAAGGUUUGGUUCGAUGCCGCUGUGAGAACACUGCUGUUCUUGGUGAAAGAAAGAAUGUCAAUCUCCCUGGAGUAAUUGUGGAUCUGCCGACACUAACAGAUAAAGACAAGGAUGACAUCUUAAACUGGGGAGUUCCAAAUCAUAUUGACAUGAUUGCCUUAUCUUUUGUUCGUAAGGGUUCAGAUCUUGUGGAGGUUCGGAAGCUGCUAGGUGAACAUGCAAAGAACAUCCUUCUAAUGUCUAAGGUUGAAAACCAGGAAGGUGUAGCAAAUUUUGAUGACAUUCUCGCAAACUCUGAUGCUUUUAUGGUAGCAAGAGGUGACCUAGGAAUGGAAAUUCCAAUUGAAAAGAUAUUUUUGGCUCAAAAGGUAAUGAUUUACAAGUGUAACAUCCAAGGGAAACCUGUUGUCACAGCAACACAGAUGUUGGAGUCCAUGAUCAAAUCUCCAAGACCAACUCGCGCAGAAGCAACAGAUGUUGCCAAUGCUGUUCUUGAUGGCACAGACUGUGUCAUGCUUAGUGGUGAAACAGCUGCUGGAGCUUAUCCUGAUCUUGCGGUAGGAACCAUGGCCCGAAUUUGUAUUGAAGCAGAGAGCACAAUUGAUUAUCCAGAUGUCUUCAAAAGAAUUAUGGCAAAUGCACCAGUUCCCAUGAGCCCCUUGGAGAGCCUUGCAUCUUCUGCUGUUCGAACCGCUAACUCUGCAAAAGCUGCUCUUAUCCUUGUGUUAACCAGGGGAGGAAGUACAGCAAAAUUGGUUGCCAAGUACAGGCCUGGAAUGCCUAUAUUGUCGGUGGUUGUCCCUGAAAUCAAAACUGAUUCUUUUGAUUGGACUUGCAGUGAUGAGUCUCCAGCAAGGCAUAGCCUUAUCUUCAGGGGGUUGGUUCCAGUUCUCCAUGCAGGGUCUGCUAGGGCUUCCCAUGAAGAGUCUACAGAAGAAGCACUGUAUUUUGCUCUUCAACAUGCCAAAACAAAAGGGUUAUGCAGGGAAGGAGAUUCCGUUGUAGCCCUACAUCGUGUUGGAACUGCUUCUGUGAUCAAGAUUGUUACAGUCAAGUAAUGACCUUUGAUGCCUAUUUUUUUGGGUUUUGGUAUUGAAAUGUGGAUUGAAUAAAAUCCUAAUUUCUGACAUUUCUUCUUCUUGUUGUCGUACUGUUGAUUUGAAUUUGUUGGUGAUUUUUGGUCACA